UGCAUUGCUUUAACAGCUGCCUUGAUCUGAUGUCAGAUCUGAUGAUCAGCGCAGAGACCUGAUUGUACUAGCACCUGAAGCUGGGCUCAACGUCCCGCCAAUCUGAGGGAGGAGUCUUUUGAUCGUCUGGAACCAGAAUCUUGAUCUUAUCCCGAAAGAUGGUUGAGCAUCCCGUCGCGGCAGUGUAUCGCGGGCCGAUAAGCAGCGAAGGGUGCCCAGAGAGUCUGGCAAAGCUCUUGCGUCAUGCUCCAGCCGGGUUCAAGGUACACUAUCUUGGCCCAGACGAGGAUGAGGACGUGACCGCGGAGUCUCUAAGCAAGGUAGACCUAUUCGCAUGGCCCGGAGGAGGAGACGAAGUAAAGAGAGACUAUAAGAAGGUAGCACGAUACACGAAGGCCAUCCAAGAUUUCAUACGUGAUGGCGGGCUAUAUGCCGGAAUCUGCCUCGGUGCCUUCUUGGCCAAAGGAGAGCCUAGCGAAGGAGCAUUCUUCAACCUCUUACCUUCUGGCUCGUACGUCAAUUGCGAGAGGUUCGAGAAAGGUUCACAAGUCAAGAGUGAUAAAGACUCAGUGAUCCAGACGGAUUGGCACUUUCACUCUGGACCGAAAAAGGGCACAAGGGAGAAAAGAUGGCAGUAUUUUCAAGACGGUGCCAAUAUAGUACUCGGAGCAGAUCUCAAAUCUGAGGCCAUGAUCUUAGGCCGGUACUCCAAGACAGGUGAUCCAUGUGCUGUAGUCUAUCGGCUUGGGUCUGGAGCAGUAGGCCUGAUAGGCGUUCAUCCAGAAGCCGAGAAAGACUGGUAUGAGGACUGGGACGGUCAUAAUCCAGAUGGGAUCCAAUUUGAUAUCGGCCACGAUUUUGUACAGACUCUGUGGAAUCUUAGAAGCCGUUAGAGAACAUCAUAGAGCGAGUUUAUGCCUCGCAAGGGUGUAGACCAUCUCUAUACAGAGACAGCAACCACAGUCAGAACCCAAUGCCACCGUCGUCCAUCCGCCCCCAAAAAAUACUUCCGUCAAUUCUCCGACCCCGGACCGAGCAUCGACAU